AUGUUUUCGACUACUUCUGAACCUGCGGCCAAAAAGCAGAAACUGGAUCCUCCAGCUAAUAAUAAUAUCUUGUUGGAUCGAAAAGAUGUUUGGAUUGGACAGAUCCUUCCCUUUGUGGGCAUGGGGCACUAUGCCUAUGUGGGGGCUGUCAACAAACGACUGAAUCAGCUUUACAAAGAGUAUUGUGAUAAAGUAAAGGAUCCUCCUCUUUUCGUGAAUGGCUGGGAUAAGGAAGUAAUGGAGUUUCGCAGACCGCCAGUUACGAGCACACAUACCCUUUUUGGCGCCGCUUUCUACAACGUAUCAUGUGCCCAAUACUGGCAUGAUGAUAACAAAAGAAAUCCCACGAGCAUCAAACUUCCUUUGCACAACCGAGUUUGUGGUCAUUUGGAAACGGUGAAAUGGUUGCGUGCCAAUGGAUGCCCCUGGGACGCAAGGACAUGUUGUGGUGCCGCUAUGAGUGGACACCUCCAUAUUCUGAAAUGGUUGCGUGAGAAUGGCUGCCCAUGGAAUGCCGGGACAAAGUUCAUGGCUGCCCAGCAUGGACAUUUGCAUAUUAUCAAGUGGGCACAUGUGAAUGGUUGCCCAUGGGAUGAAUCUACAUGUGAGGUGGCUGCAUCAGAAGGUCAUCUCGAAGUGGUCAAGUGGGCUCAUGAGAAUGGAUGCGCAUGGGGGGAAACGAUAGACAGACAUGCCGCCGAAAAUGGACAUCUGGAUGUUCUGAAGUAUGUUCACGACAGUGGCUGUGCAUUGACCGAACAUGCUUGCAUUGGUGCCGCAGUUGGUGGGCACCUGAACAUUCUGAAGUGGCUGCGCAAGAAUUCAUGUCCAUGGAAUGAAACAGUAUGCAAGGUGGCGGCGAAUUCUGGGCAUCUACAUUGCCUCAAGUGGUUGCACGAUAAUGGGUGCCCCUGGAAUUCAGAUACAUGUACAGCAGCAGCAAGCGAUGGUCAUUUUGAACUGCUGAAGUGGGCUCGUGAGAAUGGAUGCCCAUGGGAUGCGGAUACAUGUUUUUUGGCUGCCUACAGAGGUAAUUUUGAAAUUGUUAAAUGGGCUUGGGCAAAUGGUUGCCCUUGGGAUGAAGAAACUACUUCAGGAGCUGCUGAAGGUGGCCAUUUGGAGAUUCUCAAGUUUCUCCGCGAGAAAGGUUGCCCAUGGGACUCUGGUACAUGUGGGGCAGCUGCUGCAGGAGGUCAUUGGGAGAUGGUGGAAUGGGCACGUGCCAAUGGAUGCCCAGAAAGUCGCGACGACGAAAGUACUAGUAGUGAUGAAGACGAAUGA